CGUGCUGCUGGCUAGCUACUGACAGCGUUGCUUGCUAGAUAAGCGUGAGGGGUUUGUGUAAGCGAUCUGGGAGAGCAAACAUAUACUGAAUAUUGUACAUUUGUACUAGAACUUUGGGCAUGGAUCAGUUUGACGAGGAGUCGUUCUUGGACGAGCUCAUGUCGCUGCGGCGGCCGGAGCAGGCACCGGAGCCGUGGCAGGCGACGUACCCGGGCAGUAGCGCGAUGAUGAGCGACCUCAUCUUCUACGGCGGCGACCAGGCCGCCUACGAGGCGAGAAACAACAUGGACAUCGGGCCGUUUCAUGAGCCCAUGGCGCCUCCACGCCCGCAAGAUGAGUUCAGCUUCGACUACUUGAGCGAAGUGUGCGACCCGUACAGGAGUUUGGUCCCUGGGGUCGUCGACGCACCCGGCCAGGCGCUCGCUCACCCCUUCCACGACGCCAUGCCGGACGACGAGAUGCAGCUGUUUCAUGCUGGUGGGUCCUCGUCGUCCCCCACGACGUUCAUCUUCCGAGGAGGAGGCGUUGGGGAGAUGAACGGCAACAUCAGAGGCGCUCCCGGUGGCCACCCUAGGAGCAAGCUUAAUGGCGGCGCUCCGUCGAAGAACCUGAUGGCCGAGAGGCGGCGGCGGAAGCGGCUCAACGACCGCCUUUCCAUGCUCCGCUCCAUCGUGCCCAAGAUUAGCAAGAUGGACAGGACAUCGAUCCUUGGGGACACCAUAGACUACGUGAGGGAGCUCACGGAGCGGAUCAAAACCCUCGAGGAGGAGAUCGGCGACAUGCCAGGGGAACUGAACCUGCUGAACACAGCGCAGAAUUUCUCCAGCGGGAACAACGAGGAGACGAUGCCAAUGAGGAAUUCCACCAAGUUUGACGUCGAGAAGCGACCGGGCGGCGGCAUGAGAAUCGAGAUCUGCUGCGCGGCAAACCCUGGCGUGCUGCUCUCAACGGUGAGCGCACUGGAGGUGCUCGGGCUGGAGAUAGAGCAGUGCGUCGUGAGCUGCUUCAGUGACUUCGGCAUGCAUGCCUCCUGCUCACAAGAAGAAGGGAAGGGGCAAGCAAUAAGGACCGACGAGAUCAAGCAGGCAUUGUACAGGAGUGCGGGCUAUGGAGGUAGGUGCCUCUAAGCUGGAUAGAGAUCGACCCGUCAGUUCAUGAAGCAUGCAAAACAAUCUGUCUUUGCACAUUCUAUUUGCAUGUAGUAUGAGUGAAUUAAUGUAGUGUGUAUGAAUUUCUUAGUAGUAUUCUAAGUUAAGCCGUUGUGUAACCGGAUUGUAAUCGUUUGGCGUGUAUCUCUGUAUGUGUGGUGCAUGUAUAUUGUAUAGGAGCUUAUUUUAGAUAAAGAUGUAUGGGGGGAUGAGUACUCGAUUUGGGCGUUGGGCGACAUGAAAAGAUACCAUGUGUGUUGUUGUA